AUGCUGAACCUUCUGAGCCUUCUGAUAAUCGUGCCUGCGGCCAUCGCAAAAGCUCAACGAACGGAGCCCAUUCAAUAUGAGCUCGCCAAUGAUAUAUUGAGCAGAUAUCAGAAGAAUUUGAUACCGAAAAUCCGGAAAAAUCAGCCAAUCAAUGUCACUUUUUCGCUUCAGCUAUACCAAAUUAUACAAGUGAAUGAGCCCCAGCAGUUUCUUUUGCUCAAUUCAUGGGUUGUUGAGAAAUGGACCGAUCAAAUGUUGGGAUGGAAUCCGGAAGACUUUGAAAACGAGACCGAAAUUCUCGUAAGACAUGACGACAUUUGGCUUCCUGAUACUACACUCUAUAACUCUCUGGAAAUGGAUGAGACCGCCACUAGAAAAUUGAUGCAUGUCAAACUGACGUCGCGCGGGAAACACGAAGGAGCGAUUGUGGAGCUUUUGUAUCCAACCAUUUAUAAAAUCAGCUGCCAAUUGAAUUUGAGAUAUUUUCCGUUUGAUAUGCAGAAAUGUCGUCUCACAUUUGGAAGCUGGUCUCAUGACAAUCAACUCAUCGACUAUUAUCCAUUGGUCGACGACAGCGCAAUUGGGCUCUCAAAUUUCCUGGAAAAUGAUGGAUGGUCUGUUUUAAUAACCAACGUGAUUCGUGAAACCAAAAAAUACACAUGCUGCCCUAAUAAUUACACUCUUCUCAAUUAUGAUCUAAUAAUUCAAAGGAAACCAUUGUAUUAUGUGCUGAAUCUUAUAGCGCCAACUGCCGUCAUUACGUUCAUCUCAAUCGUCGGAUUUUUCACGUCAGUGAAUCCGUUCACGUCCGUCCAUAUUUUGUGCGUUUUAUCCUCGUCGGUCCACGAUCUGCGCCAAGAGAAAAUCACCCUUGGAAUCACGACCCUUCUAUCAAUGUCGAUUAUGAUAUUUAAGGUUUCCGACAAAAUGCCUUCUACUUCAACUUGCGUGCCCUUAAUUGGUGUAUUUUAUACUCUUAUGAUCGCUAUCAUUUCAUUCGGAACCCUUGCCGCUUCAUCGGUGAUAUUCAUUCAAUAA